AUGAAGCAACUAAAACAAGUUCAUGGCCAAGCAAUCACAUGUGGCCUUGGAGAUAAUCACUAUGCUUUAAGCAGGUUAAUAGCUUUCUGUUCACAACCUCAUCAUCAUGAUAGCUUACCACACGGCUUAAACAUCUUACAACACGUUCAAGAACCUUCUAAUUGCUUAUACAACACCAUGAUCAAAGCUUGUUUGCUUCGAAACGAAUUAAACAUGUCAUUUCAAUUAUACAAACGCCUGCUUGAAAACGGUAUGUAUCCUGACAAUUACACACUUCCUUACAUCCUAAAAGCUUGUGCAUACAUGGAAAGUUUUCGUCUUGGAGAGCUAGUUCAUGCGCAUUGUUUGCAAUUAGGGUUUAUUUUCGAUAGUUUUGUGGGUAAUACCUUGAUGAUGAUGUAUUCUCUAUUUGGUAACAUGGAAUCCGCACGUUACGUGUUUGAUGAAAUGCCAACUCACUGUGUUGUGUCAUGGACUGUUUUAAUUUCUGGGUAUGCUAAAAUCGGCAACAUUGAGCUGGCUCGAAUCGCAUUCGAUGAAGCACCCAUUAAAGAUAGAGGGAUUUGGGGUUCUAUAAUUUCUGGAUACGUUCAGAAUAAUUGUUUCAAAGAGGGUUUACAAAUGUUCAGAUUGAUGCAAUCAACCAGCAUCAUCCCUGAUGAAGCUAUAUUCGUGAGCAUACUUGGCGCUUGUGCUCAUCUAGGAACUCUCGAAAUUGGAAUAUGGAUUCAUAAACGAAUCGACGCAAUAAAAUUACGACCUAGUGUGAAGUUAGCUACUGCAUUGAUGGACAUGUAUUGCAAAUGUGGGAAGCUCGAUGUUGCACACAAACUGUUCGAUGAAAUGCCUGAGAGAGAUACAAUUUGCUGGAAUGUUAUGAUUUCAGGAUUAGCAAUUCAUGGGGAAGGAUUACGUGCUCUUAAACUCUUUUCACAAAUGGAAAUGACUAAAAUUCAACCAGAUGAUGUCACCUUCAUUGCCAUUUUCACUGCUUGUAGCUAUUCAGGCAUGGAACACGAAGGUCUAAAGUUUUUCAACAAAAUGUGCAAGGAAUACAACAUCAACCCAAAAACAGAACACUACAUUUGCAUAAUCGAUCUUCUUGCAAGAGCUGGUUUAUUUAACGAAGCAAAAGACAUAAUUAAUAAAAUCCCAGAUUCUUGUAGCCCUAAAGAAGUAGCGGUGGCUUGGCGAGCUUUCUUAAGUGCUUGUGAGAGUCAUAAAGAGAUUGAGUUUGCAAAAAUGGCAGCUGAGAGAUUGAUGGAAUUGGAAAAUGAUAGUGGCGUUUAUGUAAUUAUGUCUAAUUUGUAUUCAAGUACUAAUGAUGUUGAUAGCUUGCAAAAGACUAGAAAGAUGAUGAGAGCCCGUGGGGUCGAUAAAGUACCUGGGUGUAGCUCGAUUGAGGUCGGUGGUGUUGUUAAUGAAUUUGUUGCGGGUGAGAAAACAAAUUAUAAAAUAGAGGAGAUUCAUGAAGUUUUGGAGAAUAUGAAUCGACAGAUGUAUUGA